CACUUUGACAACUCUGCACAACACACCCGUGCGCAGUUUCCCACCAUGGCGCCCUCCUCCAACCGGUCAUCUGUGGUCAGCUCCGAGCCCAACGGCAACAGCAACGGCACCAACCUCAUGACCUCAAGCAUCUCCUCCCUUUCCUCGUCCAUGAACUCCCCCCGGCCCACCUCUUCCUCCUCGCACAUCACAAAGACCUACCGACAAGCCUCUACUCUCUUCCUCACGCGUCGUCUGCCAGAAGCCCUCUCCACCGUUCUCCCUCUGGUCUCCCCCGUCCCCCAAACCGAAAACGACCCCAACAGCCCCUUCGACCCAGCCCCGGCAGCGAAAGCUUCCCGGUCUUCCCGCAUCAAAGUAUGGUCCUUGUACCUGACCAUCCUCAACGCGAUCCUCGAGCUCGAUUCCGAAGAGGGUAAAGCCGCCUUUGGGACGGCCGAGUGGCGCGCCUUGUGCCACAAAGUCAAGGAUGGGGAGAUUUGGGAGGAGGUGGUAAAGAAUGGUUAUCACGGGGUAGAAGGCGAUGUUGACGCCGAUGUGGUAAUCAACUUGUAUUUCCCC